CUGGCUUGAAAGCUUCUAUUCUUGAAACCAUCCUUUUGUGCCUUUGCUUCCACACCCAUCUUUCAUCAACCAUGAAGCAAAAGUUAGUCAUCAAAAUCUCCAUGAAUGACCAGAAGUCCCGCUCCAAGGCUUUAAAGAUUAUAGUUGGAUUUUCAGGUAUCGAAUCCGCGGCUCUAGGAGAAGAGGACAAGAGCAAGAUAGUGGUGAUAGGAGAUGGAGUAGAUUCAGUUAAAUUAACAAGUAUACUGAGAAAGAAGUUAACAAAGAGAUCAACAAUUGCUUGCUUGUUACCAAAGAGAGGAGGGCAUGUGGAGUUGAUAAGUGUGAGUGCUGCGGAACAGAAGAAGGAAGAAAAUAAAGAUGAAACGAAGGUGGUUUGGUCAUAUGGUUGUAAUAUGCCUCAAUAUGUUCUCUACCGCGACUACUUUUAGAAAUCCAACAUACAUAUAUAUUAAGUUUAAUUGCUAAAAAGUUAUGUGUUUUGUGAUUGUUA